UAAGUAACCGGAAGUAUUGCAAAUCUAAACAAAUAAAUUGUAAGACAGGAAAUCGAAUGCAAUAAGUGCAAAGCACUAUCUUUCUUAAAUUCAAUGAAAUUUAUUGUUCUUUAAACUUAUAAUUUUUCUACAAUGGCUGAAUUACGAAAAUUAGAAUAUAUUUCAGUUGUGAAAAACAUUGCUACUGAACUUUAUAAUCAUUUAGGAAUUAGCGACACAGAUUUAGCUGAAUUUGUUAUAUCAUUAGCUGAAAAGAAUGAUACUCAUGAAACAUUCAAGAGAGCUUUGGAAGAAAAUGGUGCUACUUUUUCGGAUUCAUUAAUUGCUAUUGUGUUGCGUCGCAUUAAGACUAUGAUGCCAAAAAGAUCAUUGGAGGCAGAGGAUCCAUCAGAAAUGAGUGCGGCUUCCAGAAGCGAAGAAAAUCUUCAUUUUUCAGUUAUUGCUACUAAUGAUGAUAAAGUUAAGAAGCCUACCUCAAGUUGUUUGCACAUACCUGAGCUACCCAUUCAUGAUGUAGAUACAAGCGAGGAAUCAAAAGAGGAAGAUGAUGAGGAUAUUGAAAUUGAACUUGUUAAGGAUAAUCCACCCUUCUUGUCUUUGCUUGAUGUGGAAAAUGUACAAGAUCUUACACCUAUCAGAAUUGUUAAAAAUCCUGAUGGUUCUUUAGCUCAAGGUGCCAUGAUACAAUCAGCCCUCGCAAAAAAUAGAAGGGAGCAAAGACUGCAACAACGAGAUGCUGAAAAGAAUUCUAUUACUACUGAAUUGAGCAAACAAUGGAUUGAUCCAUUACCACAUGCUGAAGGCAUAAAAAGUUCUGGAUUGUCUACUGAUGAUUUUCCUGAAUGGAAAAAGCAUAUAAUAGCUGGCCCUAAAGUGUCUUAUGGCAAAAAGACCCAAUUGAGUUUAUUAGAACAAAGACAAAGCCUUCCUAUUUAUAAAUUAAAAGAUGAUCUUGUGAAGGCUAUUACAGAAAAUCAAAUUCUUAUUGUCAUUGGGGAAACUGGAUCUGGAAAAACUACCCAGAUGACUCAAUAUUUGGCAGAAGCUGGUUUUACGGCAAAGGGAAAGAUUGGUUGCACUCAACCUAGAAGAGUUGCAACUUCGUCAGUUGCAAAGAGAGUUGCCGAGGAAUUCGGUUGCCGAUUAGGCCAAGAGGUAGGCUAUUACAUCCGUUUUGAAGAUUGCACGAGUUCUGAAACAGUCAUUAAAUACAUGACAGAAGGUAUGCUUUUGAAAGAGUGUCUGAAUGAUCCGGACCUGAAAAGUUACUCAGUAUUGAUGCUGGAUGAAGCUCAUGAAAGAACAAUCUAUACAGAUGUAUUGUUUGGACUUAUGAAGAAGGCUGUGAAACAAAGGCCUGAACUCAAACUGAUUGUUACAUCUGCUACCUUGGAUGCAGUAAAGUUUUCUCAGUAUUUCUUUGAAGCGCCAAUAUUCACAAUACCUGGACGAACUUACCCUGUUGAAAUUUUAUACGCUAAAGAACCAGAAAAGGAUUAUUUAGAUGCUUCUUUAACCACAGUUAUGCAGAUUCAUCUUUCUGAACCUGCAGGUGAUAUAUUGGUUUUUCUCACUGGUCAAGAAGAAAUUGACACAGCUUGUGAAGUUUUGUACGAAAGAAUGAAAUCUUUAGGGCCAAAAGCACCUGAACUUUUAAUACUUCCCAUUUAUUCAGCAUUGCCUGGUGAAAUGCAGACAAGAAUUUUUGAACCCACUCCUAUUGGAUUGAGAAAGGUUGUAAUAGCUACGAAUAUUGCUGAAACAUCCCUUACAAUUGAUGGAAUUUAUUUUGUAGUUGACCCAGGUUUUGUAAAGCAGAAAUCAUUUGACUCAAAAACUGGGAUGGAGUCAUUAGUUAUUAUACCCAUAUCCCAGGCUCAAGCUAAGCAAAGAGCAGGCCGUGCAGGAAGGACGGGACCAGGAAAAUGUUAUCGUCUCUACACUGAGAGGUCAUACAGAGAUGAAAUGCUGACCACUCCAGUACCGGAGAUCCAAAGGACAAAUCUUGCAUACACUAUACUGCAGCUAAAAGCAAUGGGGAUUAAUGAUUUGCUCUCAUUUGAAUUUAUGGAUGCUCCUCCUCAAGUGUCUCUGAUUAUGGCUUUACAGCAGUUGUAUUCUCUCAGUGUUCUGGAUAGUGAAGGGCUUUUGACUAGACUUGGACGACGGAUGGCAGAAUUUCCAAUGGAACCAAACUUAUCAAAGAUGCUUAUAAUGUCAGUGCAAUUGGGUUGCAGUGAAGAAAUUCUUACUAUUGUAUCUAUGUUGUCAGUUCAAGGCGUAUUUUAUCGGCCAAAGGACAAACAAGCUUUAGCUGAUCAGAAAAAAGCCAGAUUUCAUCAGCCUCAAGGAGAUCACUUAACUUUGCUGGCAGUGUACAAUUCUUGGAGCAACAACAAAUUUUCCAAAGCAUGGUGUUAUGAAAAUUUCAUACAAUUUAGAACACUACAAAAGGCUCAAGAUAUUCGCAAACAGCUGUUGGGGAUCAUGGAUAGGCAUAAAUUUGAUGUUCUGUCCUGUGGUAAGAAAACAGCUCAAAUUCAGAAAGCUAUCUGCAGUGGAUUUUUUAGAAAUGUUGCCAAGAAAGAUCACCAGGAUGGUUACAGGACUCUUGUUGAUGGUCAAGUUGUUUACAUCCAUCCAUCCAGUGCCUUAUUCAACCGAGAACCUGAAUGGGUUAUUUAUCACGAAGUAGUUCAGACUACUAAGGAAUACAUGAGAGACGUAACAGCUGUCGAUCCGAAAUGGGUGGUCGAUUUUGCACCGGCAUUCUACAAAUUUGCUGACCCGACUAAACUGAGUGCACAAAAGAAACAACUCAGGUUGGAACCCUUGUACAACAAAUAUGAAGAACCUAAUGCUUGGAGGAUAUCUAGAACCAAAAGAAGAAGAAACUAAAAAUAUUCACUUUUACCUUUUGUAUUUGUAAAUUGUAAAUAGGCAACAAUUAUCAUUUUUAUACUAAUUUAAUUAAAGCAAUGUUUAAAAA